CGAGCAUGUGUUUCUGUCUGUCAGGCCGCAUGAUCGCCUCAUGGACACACCGAAAGCUCUUUUCACUGCUGGAUAUCCCGUCUUGACCGGACAGGACGCUGCUUGUUUUGCAUGUGUGGAGGGUGUUGACUCACCUCCACGCUUUGGGUUCACAAACUUGAAGCUGUCCUUCACUAACCUGGAUCUUUCCCUCAAUUUGGAAUACUUUUUUCUUUUCUACCUCCACUCACCGUCUGCUGUCCUGAGGUCAACUUGAGUUUUCUCACCCCUUGUCCUCCACUCGUGCUCAUUCUCCCUCUGUGAGGUUUUUCGAGGCCAUGCUUUCCUCACCCACUGUUAUCCUCCAGCCUUAUGGACUGCCUGUCUACCCGCAGACGACCACCUGCUACCCCAGCAUAGUCCAGGGGGGCCCCACGCAGGAGGCGGGCCCAGGGGGCACCGACCCCGCCCUGCCCCAGGUAUACGCCGCACCGCCCUCCUACCCAACCCCGGGUCAAGGUCCAGCGGCGUCGGCGGGCAGGCUGCCGCCUCUGGAAUUUACCUCGGCACACCCCGGCUCCGAAUACCCUGAGCAUGCCCAGCUGAGGGUCUACCAGGGCCCUCAGCUGGAGGGCGCCGAGCCUCUGACCUCUACCAACACGGAGGAAGCUUUGGCCCCUGUGGCCUCGGACCCUCAAGCUCUGAGCGCGUCUGUAGCAUCCGGCGGAAGCGGCGGCGGGGGGAGCGGGAGUGAUGACGAGGGGUCCGGCAAGGCCCAGCCCAAACGCCUCCACGUGUCAAACAUCCCCUUCCGCUUCAGGGACCCGGACCUUCGGCAGAUGUUUGGGCAAUUUGGAAAAAUCCUGGAUGUAGAGAUUAUUUUCAACGAAAGGGGGUCAAAGGGAUUCGGGUUCGUCACCUUUGAGAGCGCGGCCGAGGCUGACCGAGCCCGGGAGAAACUGAACGGGACGAUCGUGGAAGGGAGGAAGAUCGAGGUGAAUAACGCUACUGCAAGGGUAGUUACCAAAAAGCCACAAACGCCGCUUGUGAACAGCGACCUUUCACGUAAGACACAACCAGGUCAAGGAUUGCUUCUGUUUCUUGGCUUUGAAUUAUUUGUGCUUGUCCCAAUAGCUUCCGGCUGGAAAAUCAACCCCGUCAUGGGGGCCAUGUACGCACCGGAACUCUACACAGUGGCCGGUUUCCCCUACCCGCUGGCGGCGCCCGCAUUGGCCUACCGGGGCUCGGCGCUGAGGGGUCGAGGCCGGACCAUCUAUAACACUAUUCGCUCCGCCGCAACACCUACUGCUGUGCCCGCCUACCCGGGGGUGGUGUAUCAAGAUGGUCUCUACGGAGCAGAAGUCUACGGAGGUUAUCCUGCCGCGUACAGGGUGGCCCAGACCGCAUCGGCCGCCGCCGCCGCCGCCGCUGCUGCAACAUACAGCGACGGAUACGGCCGCGUUUACGCCACAGCCGCGGACCCCUAUCACCACUCGGUGGGACCAACAACCACAUAUGGCGUUGGCACUGUGGCCAGUUUGUAUCGAGGAGGAUACAACCGCUUCACUCCCUACUGAUGUACUGUGACCUGGGUGCCGCACACAGGAAGUGACUGAAGUUGUAAAUAUUGCGUACUGUACUGUUCUCCAUGCUCAGCACACGCAUUGCAUUAUUUGUGUAUUUUACAAGCGAACUUUUAAAGGAGGACUUGUGAUGCUAGAACACCACCGUGGGAGAUAUUUGGAUCUCAUUUUCAUACGUUUGGAUGAUGUGCUGGAGCUUUUAUUUAAGUGUGUGUUUGAGUGUGUGUGUGUCUGGGAGUCACGUGUGACAUCAGUUUCACUAUGAGUUGUUUGGCCUGUUGCAGAGUUGACUGGGGUUGUGUUUCUUACUAACAAACUACCUCUUUUCUUUUGGCUUUUCUUUCUGAUCUCGCUGCGUGUGAUGUUUACUUCUAAAUAAAACUCUUUUCAUCUGG